AUGGCAACCUUUCCAUCUCCUAUAUCAAAAUGCCAUGCCAUUCUUACUUCAUGUUUAAUCUUUCUUCUUUAUGUGCUUGCCUCCCUCCUUUUGUGUCCCCAAACUACCAGAAUAGUCCCAGAACUCGAUACUCAAAUAGAAAAUGCAUACAUUAGUAAUCACGUCACUCUAUCAAAUAAAAAUUUUAAAAAAGCUUUUACUCCAAAGCCUUUUUCCAUCAAUGAUACAGAUCAAAUGCUUAUGAUGAAACAAAUAAUACCUGCAAUUCCAGCUUCUUUUGGGUACACAAUAGAGGAAGCUGAAAUUCUCUUUCCGAAGUAUGAAUAUCCUAGAUGUGAUACUUUAUAUGAGGACAGGAACAAAGAUAUUGAACUCGUUUUUACCAUGAGAAGCUCACUGUAAUUCCCGAAGGAAUACAUCUACCAGUAGUCCCAUCAUUGCCUGCUCAAUAGCUGUGCAAGACGUUAAAAAGGAUGCUCCUUCCGGAAAAGUACUCCCUGGUAGUUGGAUGAGUUGUGUCACCGUGCCGCAAGCCAACAAAGGGUUAAAUUCAAAAUAGUGAAUUCCUGGUCGACAAGGCCAAAAUGUUAAUUCAAAGCUCAGGAGAUUACUCAUGGUUUCAAGCUGGAAAAAGUCCUGAUUGGCCAGGAAAAAUACACUGGCACUGUUUUCAACUCUCAGCUCAAUUCUUCUGAGGCAAAAAACUUGGCAUUGGAGUAAAGCAUUCAGCCGGCUAGCCCGACAUUGCGCUUCGCCAAAAAAGAAAAAUCUGGCUGGGUGCACAUUCCGAGCGCCAUCUUCCCUUCCUCACCCUGCGGAUACCAUCUACAGGAGUUAAGAGGGUGAGUUAAUCCUCCACGCAAUUUUAAAGCAUAUAAGAUAUUGAAGUCAAUCUUAGCAAUAAUAAAUUUGAAAUUAAGAAUUGUACUGGGGGAAAGUUCUUGGUUGGUCCACCGAAGCCAAAACUUUAUACGUCGCCAAAAUUAGGGAAAAAACACUGAAAUGUUAAAAAAUAUACAAAAAAGAACGCGAAAUUACAGCCACACACAGAAUUUAUUAUGGGACUAUGCAACCCUGAAAGUGACCAUUUUGAUACAUUUUUUACAACUCCUAGGUUUAAUGCACAAGCUUAUUCUAAUGCAAUAGACACAAUGAAAAGCUUUAAAACAGAAUCAAAACUUGAUAAAAAACCUCUCUUAAUCGCUACAAUAACUCUAGACAGUUUUUCAAGGCGGCAUUUUUUUAGAAAACUCCCAACAACAAUUUCAUAUCUAAAUUCUCUAGAAAUGAGUGCAGCUUGAAAAGUUUAUGAUUUUAAAUUCCAUAAUAUCAUUGGGGCAAGUACUUUAGAAAAUCAGUCAACUUUUUUGGGUAAUAAUUCAAUUGAGUCUUAUCCGUUAACAGACAGUAGACUAGGGAGACAUGCUUUAUGAAAAAAAUUACAACGGAUGGGUUUUAUGACUUUACUAGGGAUGGAAAUGUGCGCUUAUAAGCUAAAUACAUUUUUCGGGCCAUUUCCAGACGCUGAUCAUGUAGUUCAGCCUUUUUACUGUGCAGCUAAAGAUUUCGCAGGAUAUUCAUCAUCAAAAUUUAAAGCAAAAAAUAUCCGUUGCUUAGGUCCACAGAUGUCCCAUUGAUAUUUAAUGGACUAUUCCCUUCGGUUUGCAGAAAUGUAUAGCCAAACCAGCCUAUGGAUUUAUAAUCAUUUUACAGCGGCUCACGAAAUCACAGGCCAGCAUGCCCAAACAAUAGACGAAGACCUGACAUGAUAUUUAAAAAAACUCGCAAAAUUUGAAAAUACGCAUAAUGUUGUCUUUAUGAUUGUAGGAGACCAUGGGAUGAGGUAUGCUGGGUUUAAAAGUAAGCCAAACUCUAUGCAAGAGCAUAGGCUUCCUGUAUUCUUUUUGGCAGCUAAAAGAGAAUUAUUAGAUAGAAUCCCAAAUUCUUAUGACACUUUAGAGCACAACACAUAUAGACUGACCACAAAACCAGAUUUAAGGAGAACAGUCAUUUAUUUGGCUGGAGAACUAUACGGAAAAACCCUGAAUCCUGAUUCACGGUAUUUUAACUUAUUUAAUGAAAAAGUCCCAAAUAAUAGGACUUGCAAUGACGCUGGGAUCCCUCCUUGGCUUUGCAGCACUUAUUAUUUGAAAAAUAUAGACAUGCAGGCAUUAGAUAAAGCAGAAACAAAAUUUCUUCAGACAGUAGCUGAGGAAGUGAUAAAUACGAUCAAUUCAAAUUCUUAUUCAUCAAAAAUCCACGAUAAAGGAAUUUUGUGCAGAAAAGUUACAUUGAAAUUGAUAAAUAGUGCAUCUUCAACUGAAGCGGAAUCGAAUACAAUGAUAUAUAAAAUCCAAUUAGAAAUAAAUGAGUCAGAUGCCGUAUUUGAUGCUUGGACCUAUGUUUCUCCUUAUGAGACAAGUCUGUUGGAUUCUGAUAAGGCUUUACAUACUUUUCCUGUUAUCCAUAAAUCACAGAAAAUGAUAGGGAAAAUUAGCCAAAUUUAUCGAAUAGACUCAUAUGGAGGAAAAUGCGAAGACGCGUCACGCUCACUAGGAUUUAAUGCAGAAUUUUGCAUUUGUAAUAGCGAUCUUCUAGAAUUAUAUGAUAGUGAAUAA